AUGUUGUGCCUCGAUAUUUUGACGCUCGCCUUACUGGCACCCGCAGUUGUGUCUUCGGCUCUGCACCCAUCUCGUCGACAGUCGGGCCUAAGCGGAUUCAUUCAGUCGGAGUCGACAGCUUCUCUGCAAGGCGUGCUCAACAACAUCGGAGCCAAUGGCACUGGAGCCACCGGGGCUUCUGCUGGCAUCGUUGUCGCGUCGCCCUCCAAGUCCAACCCAGAUUAUUUCUAUACUUGGACCAGAGAUGCAGCCUUGACAGUCACCAUGCUUGUUGACCGUUUUAUUGCGGGAGACAGCUCCCUCGAGUCUGUGAUCCAGCAAUACAUCACUGCACAGGCCAAGCUUCAGACCGUCUCUAACCCCUCUGGAAGCUUGUCUGAUGGAUCGGGCUUGGCUGAGCCUAAGUUUAAUGUCGAUGAGACUGCAUUUACGGGCGCUUGGGGUCGGCCUCAGCGAGAUGGACCUGCUCUACGGGCAACAGCCCUGAUUGCCUAUGGCAACCAGUUGCUUUCUAAGGGAAAGGAGUCGGUUGUCAAGUCGAAUAUUUGGCCAAUUGUGUCUAAUGAUCUUAACUACGUGGCUCAGUACUGGAAUCAAACUGGAUUUGACCUUUGGGAAGAAGUCCAGGGGUCCUCUUUCUUCACAGUGGCCGCACAGCACCGCGCAUUGGUGGAGGGAAGCACUUUCGCCAAGGCUCUGGGAGAAACCUGUGAUGGCUGUGAUUCUCAGGCUCCUCAAAUCCUGUGUUUCCUGCAAGAUUUCUGGAAUGGCAUGGCUGUUAUAUCGAACUUGGCGAACAACGGACGGUCAGGGUUGGAUGCAAACUCAUUGAUUAGCUCUAUCCACACCUUCGAUCCUAGCGCUGCCUGCGAUGACACUACAUUCCAGCCGUGCUCGGCCCGCGCUCUUUCCAACCAUAAGCUGGUGGUUGAUUCUUUCCGCUCAAUCUAUACCAUCAACAGUGACAAGAAGGCCGGAACUGCUGCCGCGGUUGGACGUUAUCCCGAGGACACCUAUCAAGGAGGAAAUCCCUGGUAUCUUGCAACUCUCGCCGCGGCUGAGCAGCUCUACAAUGCUCUCUACCAGUGGAAGACUCAAGGAUCUCUCUCAAUUACACAGACCAGUCUCCCAUUUUUCCAAGACCUUGUCUCUUCUGCCGCGACCGGCAACUACUCAAGUUCAUCCUCCACAUACACUUCUGUCACCAGUGCUGUCAAGGAGUAUGCGGAUGGAUUUGUGUCGAUUGUUCAGCAAUACACACCAAGCAAUGGCUCUUUGGCGGAGCAGUUCACCCGUGAUAAUGGCACACCAACUUCAGCGCGCGAUCUGACCUGGUCUUACGCUGCUUUCCUGACCGCUGCAUCUCGUCGCGAUGGGACUGUGCCUGCAAGCUGGGGAGCCUCUACUGCGAACGAGGUUCCUACUCAGUGCCAGGGUGGCUCGGCUACUGGCUCAUACGCGACUCCGAGUGUCGGUUCAUGGUAG